AUGUUAGCUCGAACCUCCACAAGAGACGCAUCUCUGAUCGUAUAUAUAUAUAAAUUUAUACUUGAUCGAAAGUAUUGUAUUGCAAGUUAAGUUCUCUUUAAUACAAUUUUUCUUGUGUUAUACAUUGUUCCUCACAAAGUUAAACGUGUGAUUUAUCUCUCUAUAUAUAUCAAUACGUGUGUCGCGUUUCUAAAAAAAAAAAAGUUCGCGAGUUGUGUGUUCAGUGUUAGUGUUUCAAGAAAUCGCGUCACUAAAAAUCAACAUUUUCCAAGCGAAAAAUAAAAGGAGGAUCUACUUUUGUUGAUCGUUAAAAGAAGCAGGAACCAAGUUCCGAAAACGGAAAAGAAAUAACCGAAAAAAUGAUGCAUCGUCAACAAAGGAGGUCAACCUCUCAGUCCUUGUCAUCAAAUUCGUGUGCAGUGGAACGUUUGUCAUCAACGUUCACGACGUCAUCGUCACAGUUGACGUCGCCUGCAUUAUCAACGUGUCCAACAUCGUCAUGUCCAGCUUUACUGUCAGUUCUUGCUUGGUCAAUGACGCUUCUUCUGGUAUCUUCGUGUCUUGGAAUUGCAGAUGCCGGUGUACUCAUGGGUCAUCCAUUCAGCAAGAGGUCCUUCAUGGACAUUCAAUGCAAAGGUGUCUACGACAAAAGUCUAUUCGCCCGAUUGGAUCGUAUCUGUGAAGACUGUUACAAUCUAUUCCGAGAGCCCCAGUUACAUUUACUUUGCAAAAAGAACUGCUUCACGUCAGACUACUUCAAGGGCUGCGUGGAAGUUUUGCAACUGGAGGAUGAAAUGGAACAAAUACAAACAUCCAUCAAACAACUCCAUGGAGCUGAUCCCGGGGUUUAGGCAAAAUUGCUUCAGCACCGAAUACUUUACGAGCUGCAUCCAAGCGCUGCUGCUUGAGGACGAGAAAGAAAAGUUCCAGGAGAUAGCCGAGUACCUUGGCCGCAAGAAAUAAAGGGAGAUACUUAUGCGAAGAUACGACGAUGCACGGCGCAGGACCAGGUGGGUGGGUGAACAGAAAGAAAGUGAGAGAGAAAAAAAAUGGCAAAUUAAGAUAAAAAGGGAGUGUAAUAAAAAAAAAAAAACCCAAAAAAAAAAUGAGAGGAGAGAAAAGAAGAUUGAAUAGGCGAGUAUCAAUAACCAUCAACAACCGUCGUUAUGACGUCCCAUCAAAUAUUACAAUUCAAUAGUUGUUGUCGUCGUCGUCGUUGUCGUCGUCAUCAUCGUCGUCGUCCUCGUCCCGCAUGAAAACGGAACGGUACGAAAAGCCAUACAUCCCACACAAAUUCUAGUCGAGAAAAAAAAAAUAUCCACGCGCUAAAAAGCCGUGCGUUUUAUUGCGCGCACCUAUGCGCAAACUGCGAAGCGCAUUAUUAUUUUUUAUUACGUUUAUAAUUAUUAUUAUUAUUAUUAUUAUUAUAUUAUUAUUAUUAUAAAAAUAGAAUUAUGUAUUAUGUUUUUGCACCGGUUAAACGAGACACGCGACUGCCGCACGCUCCGGUUUUCUUUGGGGUACCUGAGGUAAGGCUGAGCCCAGAGGUGCGAGUCAUUUAAUCUUUGACAAACAUUCUUUAAUUAUAGAACAAAAAAAAAAAAAUGUAAAA